UCCAUACGACGACUGAUGAGAUUUUAUUAAUCCCAAAUUGUACACGUUCUAGUAUCAAAUGAGUCAGAUGACAGAUGGUCAAGCCAUCCUCUUGUUACUUGCUUAUUGCUUGUCGAUAGCAAGUGUGCCGUUCUUUAUUAGUGCUGUAAUAUAAAAUGAGGAUGGCUGGCCAAUAAAAAAUAGUUGACGUGAAGCAUGUUUCCUCGGGCGUCACCUGCCUCAUCUUCCUGUAAUUGGUGGACGUAAGAGAAAUAUUAUCUCCUCCACGGCAUGCACGGAUGAAACAAGACUAAAAUGACAGACAAAAUAAGGGGUCUAAAAGAGCCAAAUUUUUCUCAGAAGAUGCCGAGAGAUUUUUGCAUGCGACAGAGUUUGAUGGAGCUUGGACUUCUGAAGGCACUUUCUUCGAAGUUUUAAGGAAAUUGUUAGCUGUUACGCUGAGAUGAGGACAGGCUGACGCUAACAUGAAGCUCAUAGUAAGUCAACUCUAUGGUCUAGAGGGCCCCAUCCCCAACAUCUUAGUUGAAGUUUGAGGAACCUUCAUUGCAAGAACGGGGCAGUUGAAAGGAAUCAACCCAUCAAGAGCUCUCUUUGAAGGAUGACAUGGUGAUUGCUUCUCCCUCAAUGGCCGGCACAUCUCCUGCUGCUUUCGCCCAGCACCUCCCGACACCUUCGCCGUUUGCGUUCUCAGUCACCUCUACCCGGUGGAGCGCGCGCCCGAUUGAGCUCUCUUGUCUCUUCCUCCGAUUCAUGGCGCUGCUUCUGUCUUUCGUCUCAGCUCUUGUGCUGACGACCCCGCCAAAGAAGAGAGGUCAAUCUCCUUCCAGCUUCAGCCAGCUUCCUGAAUUGAUGUAUUGCUUCAUGAUAACCGUUGUGGCUUUCGUUUACUCAGCCUUUCAGCUCUUCAAAGGUGUCUGUGAUAUUUCCUAUAGGGGGAUUCUAAUCUCAGACAGGUUUUCAGACUACCUUAGCUUUAUCCUUGAUCAGCUGGUGGCUUACCUUCUCAUUUCGAGUUCUUCAUUGGGGGUACAAGCAAUUCAACAGACGGAAAGGGCAACACCACUCUGGAGAGCAUCUGUUAUAUCCAUUAGCAUGUCUUUUGUAAUCUUCCUGAUUACAGCAACCUGUGCUCUGUUGUCAGGUUACAAGCUUUGUAAGAGAAUUAUUUGGUGAUGCUUUUUGGUAUUUGUGUUGCGUUGGAUGAAACAGAAUAGUCUGCUCGCGGGUGAAUUGAGGUCUGACCUCUUGAAGCAACUCUGUUUUUGGUAGACAAUUAAUUAUAAAGGCAUCUACAACACUA